AUGGAAGCGAGUACAAGCAAACCAUUCCUACGGAAAGGAGGUGGUGUUUCUGGUCGAUACAUGAAGCUAAUUGAUUAUCCUGUCAUGCGGAAAGGUACUAAGAAGGCUGGUUUAUCAUCUGAACGUCGAGAUGGGUACUGUGAAAGAUUUCCAUUUGGAGACUUGUCUGAUAAAGAAGAGUCUUACAGCAGCGGUUAUGAAAUGCGCACCGAUUCUACUUCACCGUCUAAACAGGACACAGACGGUCGUCCGGUGACGGCAGGUACUGCGGAUAGCGGUUGUCCGGAAGACGAAGAAGUUGUUUUAAGUCCCGACGCAACGUCGAGAAGGAGUUCUAGGCAAACUGUGACUUAUGAUGUUAGCGGUGUGACCACACAGGAAACGUCAGGGAGCCCUGCUGAAAGCAGUUGUCAUCUGAUUGUGUCUGUAGUCAGUGAUGUUUCUCAUUCAGCUUCCCAACAUGCUGACGCGUCAGCUGUUGACUCUACGGCUGAAUUUGAACGGGUCGAAGCCGAAAUCAAUGCCAGUGAGAAAAGUUCCAGUUGUCAACAAAGUACUACUGAUGAAUCUCUAAAAGUAUUCCGUGAGAAAGCUGCUUGUCUUGUUAAGAUAGCAGCUGUUGAUAAGGAGCUAGAAUCAGAGUACUCUUCUCUAACCUUGGGGUCUUUCUCUGGUCAGGUUUCGGGAAGACCAAAAGACACCAAUUUAAUAGACUUAAGCGAAGACUCUUUGGACGAAUCGAAAAGAAAUGAUUAUCGAUCUCGUUUGCGGCGUCUUCUCGAUCGGGACGAUGAUCAGGACCUUCCUCUAGUACAAGCCGCUCCUGCUGGCCUUCAGAAAGAUACGAAUGCUAAAACUAACGGAAGUGAUAAAUCAAGAAGUGAAUCUGAAGUUGGAUUUCUGCAAUUUGCACCUAGUGUUUCUAGUGAACGUUCGUCGAGCAACCGACAUUUACGACAUGCUUACUCAUCAUCUGUUUUAGAGAAAACGUCGGUGGAGUCUCCUGGAGCUCUUUUAGCAAGAAAAUUUCUGAAUGAUGAAAACUUGUUUUCUAAACCAACUUUCUUCCUGCCUAAUUUCCUAGGAUCAGAAACUCCAGUUUUACCGCGUCUCCACUCAUCUCCUCCAGAUAAAAAGUGCUUGAAGAAUUUGUAUACGUGUCUCCAAGAUGCCUACGAAGAAAACCUGCGCAGAACAACGGAGCUUGAAUCUUCCUAUUCGAAACUUCUGAAGAAGCAUAGUGAUGCAUUGGAAGAAAUAAAUAUAUUGGUUGCAAAGGUAAAUGAGAUGACAGAAGCGGAGACAAACCGUUCAGAAGAAUGUAAUGUUUUGAGGAAAAGUGAUCAGCUAAAAAAUAUUGAAAUUAAUCGCUUGAAACGAGAAAUUUCUGCUUUAAGAAAACAGCAAAAAAACAACGAGGAAGGAGAGAGUGAUAUGAUCAAGUUGUUAAAAGAGCAGAUAUUUCUUGUUCCCGAGAUCUCUUACAGUGAGGUGAAGGUGCGCAACGAUGUUGAUUUUUAUUUUAGGAACUGCUUUUCUGUUACUGUCAGUCGAAUGGCUGGUUCCCAGUCACUGUCUGUUGACGACUUGCGCAGACAAACCCACAUGCUCCAGAGCCAAAUAAGUGACCUAAGACGUCAGAAGAAGAAAGCUGAUGAUGAAAUAAAGAUUAGAGUGAAGGACGUUGAAGAACUAAGAGGAGAGAAAGAAAGAUUAACGCAGAGGCUAAAAAUGUUUACUGAUGAAGAGGCACAGAUCAGAGGGAAGAACGCAGAAAUAAUGUUUUGCAAUGCAGCAUGGAAGCGAGCUGUGACGAGACCCCCCAUUACUGCUGCUACGAAGAAUCUUGGGUUGAUUGGGCCGAAAAGAGCAGUUUUGAGAAAUAACAGGAUGGAAGAUGCCAUUAAUGACGCGACAGUUGAUCAAGGCCCGCCUUCUGAGCCGGGUAACCAAGGACUACUUGGUUCAGAAGGUGGUCAGAAGACAGUGCACUGGAAUGAACCACUCGCUACCACAGCCAACAUAACAGGCCACGACUUGUCAGCCGAGAGUAUUUUGCGGUCGGGCUUUAGAGAAACAAGCGACGAUAUGCGUGCUGCCCAAACGGAAGAAAAUGAGGUUGGGAAAGCAACUCUCUACCGGAAUAGCGCAGGUGACUUCGUGGUACAUACGUUGACGGCUUGUGGAUGCAGCCUUUAUGAAUAUAGUAACAAAGACGUACGUUGGGUACAUUCCAGUGGCCGAUAUCAAAUUUAUUAUUAUGGCAGAUCGGGUGCUACAACGAUCGAGGUUGCUGAUGGUGUUGCACUAAUUCGGUGUUUCCUUAAUGGUCAACUAGAAAUCUAUAGGAAGAAUGGUGAUAUUUCCUUGGUCACUCCAAGCAAAAAAAGGAUUGAAACAUUUCGGACAGGUGGCGCAAGUGGGUCGAGAAGUGGUGAAUUUCGAACUGAGAUAUAUGAAGGUAAUCGAAUGCGUGUCAUUUACGAUGAUGGCCAAGAAACUCAAGAAGUAUCAGAGCUCGCUUCUUGCUUCAGAGAUGACGGGUCUUAUGUGCAGUACGUUCCCAAUGAAGAGUCCUUGGAGUUCAGGGCGGACAACUACGUGGUGCGACGCUGCGAUGAUGGGAACGUAAAAGUACGUUUAAGUGAUUUGAACCUUAGCAUCUCAGUUUUGACAAUAGAUGUGGGUACAGUGAAGCACUUGACUACCUCGCCAGGGUGUACUCGGAAGUACUGUGUAGAGUGGGGAAGAGUCGCUCGCCAAAGAUCUCGCCGUUUCUGCUCUGUAGCGCGUCAAUACGACUUCGUCGACAUAUAG